AAGAACGAAUGAGUCGAUAGAAGCACUGAAAAAUGAAGAAAUGGCUAGUUAUAGUAUUAAUUAUCGCUGGAAUACGAUGCGACGGAUUUUCGGAUCAAGUUUUCCGAACUCUGUUCAUUGGAGAAGGAAAUGCGUGCUAUAGAACUUUUAAUAAAACGCACGAAUUCGGUUGUCAAGCUAAUCGAGAAAACGAGAAUGGCCUAAUUGUUCGAAUCGACAAACAGGAAGACUUCAAAAAUCUCGAUUCUUGCUGGAAUUCAUUUUAUCCCAAAUAUUCCGGGAAAUAUUGGGCACUUCUCCCAGUCAAUUUGAUUCGUCGUGAUACAAUUUCUCAAUUGAAAUCAUCGAAAUGUCUUUCUGGAAUAGUAUUAUAUAAUAGUGGAGAAUCUAUUCAUCCAGGAGAUGAAUCAACAGCAGCUUCACAUGAUGCAGAAUGUCCAAAUGCUGCAAGUGAUUAUUAUCUUCAAGAUAAAAAUGAAGAAUAUUGUGAAAGAAAGAUUAAUUCUCGGGGUGCUAUAACACGAGAUGGAUUAAUGAAAAUUGAUUGGCGGAUACAAAUGGUAUUUAUUGAUAAUUCAACUGAUUUGGAAAUCAUUGAGAAAUGUUAUUCAAUGUUCAAUAAACCAAAAGAAGAUGGUUCAUCUGGAUAUCCAUAUUGUGGAAUGAGCUUUCGUUUGGCUAAUAUGGCGGCUGGAAAUUCAGAAAUUUGCUAUCGGCGUGGAAAAAACGAUGCAAAGCUGUUUCAGAUGAAUAUUGAUAGCGGAGAUGCUCCUCAACUCUGUGGUGCAAUGCACAGUGACAAUAUAUUUGCAUUUCCAACUCCAAUUCCAACUUCUCCAACAAAUGAGACAAUAAUCACGAGCAAAUAUAUGAUGGUAACUGCUCGAAUGGACAGUUUUGGAAUGAUUCCAGAGAUUUCUGUUGGCGAAGUAUCCGUACUAACUUCAAUUAUUUCUGUACUCGCAGCAGCUCGAUCAAUGGGAACACAGAUCGAAAAAUGGCAGAAAGCAUCGAAUACUUCGAAUCGUAAUGUUUUCUUUGCUUUUUUCAAUGGUGAAUCGUUGGAUUAUAUUGGAAGUGGUGCGGCUGCGUAUCAGAUGGAAAAUGGAAAGUUCCCACAAAUGAUUCGCUCUGAUCGAACACACAUUCAUCCAAUUCGCCCGAAUGAGUUAGAUUAUAUACUGGAAGUACAACAAAUUGGAGUUGCUAAAGGACGAAAAUAUUAUGUACACGUUGAUGGAGAACGAUAUCAACAGAAUAAGACACAGACAGAUCGAGUUAUUGAUCGAAUUGAACGAGGUCUUCGUAGUCAUGCUUUUGAUCUUGAAAAACCAUCUGGAAGUGGAGAUAGAGUUCCACCCGCAAGUUGGCACUCGUUUGCCAAGGCUGAUGCUCACGUUCAAUCAGUUCUCCUUGCACCAUAUGGUAAAGAAUAUGAAUAUCAACGAGUUAAUUCAAUUUUGGAUAAAAAUGAGUGGACAGAAGACGAACGAGAGAAAGCAAUUCAAGAGAUUGAAGCUGUUUCUACUGCUAUUCUGGCAGCAGCCGCUGAUUAUGUUGGAGUUGAAACUGAUGAAGUUGUUGCAAAAGUUGAUAAAAAAUUGAUAACCACUAUAUUCGAUUGUCUCAUCACUUCCAAUUUCUGGUUCGACUGUGAUUUUAUGCAAAAACUCGAUGGCGGUCGCUACCACAAGCUGUUUAAUUCCUACGGUUUUAAUCAAAAAUCAACAUAUAUUUCAAUGGAAUCCCAUACUGCAUUCCCUACCGUACUCCAUUGGUUAACUAUUUUCGCUUUGGGUAGUGACAAAGAAACAUUGAAUGUGAAAAGUGAAAAGAGCUGCUCACAUCUUGGUCAAUUUCAAGCGUUUCAGAUGUAUACCUACACGUGGCAACCGAAUCCGUACACCGGAAAUUUCAGUUGUCUGAAAUCUGCAAUUGUUAAAAAAGUAAUGGUUUCGCCGGCUGUAGAUUCUCAAACACCCGAAGAAGAAAUGAACACGAGAUAUUCAACAUGGAUGGAAUCAGUUUAUAUUAUUGAAUCUGUGAAUUUAUAUUUGAUGGAAGAUGCUUCAUUUGAAUAUACAAUGAUUCUGAUUGCGGUUAUUUCUGCUUUAUUAUCAAUCUUUGCAGUUGGUCGCUGUUCUGAAACAACAUUUAUCGUUGACGAGGGAGAACCAGCAGCGGAAGGAGGAGAACCUCUUUAACAAAUUAUUCUCUUCAACAAUGUAUCAUAAAUUGAUUAAUUUAUUUAAUAUUUAUAUUCGAAAAAAUGUUCCCAUUUUUGAUCUCAAUUUGCCCAUUUCCCCUAAUUUCUUCAGUUUGCAUAUCUUUUUGCUUUUUGCUCUUCUUGUAAAUUUCUAUAAAAUUUGAAAAUUACCAAACAA